UCCUACUAUGACUUCCCUUCCUCCUCUUCCUGAGGAUGGAGAAGUCGAAGAACGGGGCAUCGUUGCCGAAGAUACCCCAGGUUCUUCUAUUCCUGAAAGUGAAGUCGCGGGUUCCCACAAAUCUGCGGCUUCCCAUGAAAAGGAAGUUGAAUCUGAGGCCAGUGAAUCGACGCAAUCCCUUCCUCCUGCAGUUUCCCCAAAGAACAAAAGGAAAAGGCAUGAUGCCGAGGAUUCUGGCACUUCUAAGGCUGAAGAAGCUGGUCCUUCUAAUCCGAAGGCAGCUUACGAUCCUUAUGUUGAAUCCCUCAUCAGCUCUGAUGAGGAGGAAGAAGUACCAGUUACUGACGUGGCUCCUCGAACAAGCACAUCACGUACUGUACUUGCCUCAGACACGCUAGUUGAAGGAGAAGAAACGUCGCCUCCUCAACAAGACGUCGUCACCACUACUCCGCCAUCAAGCCCCCGUGUCCCUUCACCAAAAAGGGCAAGGGUUGAAAAGAUUAUGAUGUAA